GUGACCUAUGACCCAGACACCGCCCAAAUCAUCGCAGAAGAGUUCUUGGCGCACAAGUUUCAGGCCACAGAAAAUACCCUGAAAGUCCUCGUGGAUUUGACCAAUCUCGGAUACGAAGAAGGGCCUUCGCUGUUUCUGAAUGCCGUGCAUCGCCAGCUGGACGUCUCCAGUGGCUUAGAACACCUCCUGCACUGUGCCGCGCAGCAGCGACGUUUGAGCCUGGCGCGCUUCGCGUUGCGCCUGGGGGCUGAGGUGUCAGCUCAGAGCCUGUCGUUGGCAGCUGGCACAGGUCAUUUGGAGCUCUUUGAGCUCUUGUGGAAGAGCAGUUGUGCAUCUCUAAAGGACAAUCGUUCCAUGUACCAACACUUGCUACUGGAAGGAUGUAGGUCGGGUUCCGUUGAGAUUGUCACAAAGAUCAUGUCUUCAAUCCCGGAUCCCUGCGUGGAUUUCGAAUUUGAAGAUGAGAAGGGAAUCACCCCACUUUAUGUGGCUGCCACCUGGGGCCAUCCUGAGCUUGUGAAAUACCUUCUACAGAAGGAGGCCAAUCCCAGGCGCCGGGAUUUGAUGGGCAUGACGCCCUUGCGCGUGAUCUUACAGGCAGAGGCCAAAGUUAGCGGUGGAACAGUAGAUCGUCAGGCCCAGCGUUUCAAGGGCCUUCGCUUUGCUGAAGUGGUGGAGCUGCUGGAAGCCCAAUGUCUUCCUGAACCCAAUGUGGAGCGGCCGGCGCCCAACUGGUCCACCUGUCUCGACUGA